AUGACGACUGUUGCACUUAUUCAUCAUACUAAAUGCGAACAUUUUGGGCCUAUGUGGGAUCUAUAUUUGAGUGAGAUAGAAAAAGAGUUCAAUUCUGUGAUCCAGGAUAACACAAAUGAGAAUCAAUCCAUUCCCGAGACAACAGUUGCUAAGUUUGGGAUAAAUUUAUCUCUCAUUUAUAUAUGUAUGACGGUUCGAAAAGGCAGUCGUGUCAAUGAUUUGAAACGUGUUUUCGAUAUAACAAAAAAUCUUGCGCAGUACGUUCUAGCACCAUCCUUAGUUGAGUCAAAUUCCUGCAACUUUCUUCGUCAGCAAUUUUUCAAAUCAUGUACAUCAUUGAUGAUGCUAUCAAGAUUGGAGGAUGUUUUAGUUGGUGGAAAAGGCAUUUUAGAUAAAAUUUUCGAAUCUAAUGACGUUGAUACUGUUUUGUCAUUCUGUUUGUCUUUAGCAAACUUAAAAUGGGAACAUUACAUGCAAAUCAUGCUUCCAUAUAUAGUCAGGUUUUCAUCAACUUACUGGAAAGUAGCUUCAACGAAAAUUAUCAUUUUUCUUGCACAUUUGCUAUUUACAAAGACUAUUUCGAUAUCUUCAGGUGCAGUUUCUUUAUUUAUUACAAAGGAAGGAUUGAUAAAAUUUCCCAGUGUCAGUGCAGAAGAUGUAAAAUGUGUCGAAGGUGACGCUGGUUUUAAAGCAAGCCAAAACAUUAUAGAUGAACUAAUAAACUUGAUAGCUCGUGAUUGUGAUUGGGCCUCAGAGGUGCAUAAAACGAGCUUGUUGGACUUAGAUUCGGAAAAUACACAAAUUCCGCUUCUAACUUUGGUCUCUGCAACUCUCACUAUAAUAACGCAUGUAUCUGUGCCAUUUCUGAAAACGUUUAAUUCGCUAUUGUCUCUCAUUAAGUCAUUGGUUCAGUACCUUAAAUUUGAAAAUUCUUCAAUAAUACCGUAUCUGAAACGACCUUUUACUCGUGGUUCUCCAUGCGUGCUUGCGCAAAAUUUGUUGGGACAAGCAAUUACAACCGUGACUAAUUUAUGCCGAAUUUCUUCGGGGAGUAAUGGAAUAAAUUAUUUAAUAGAUAUAUGGAAUAUUAUUGUUGAUGAUGUUUUAGUAGUCUAUUGUGCAAACGAAAUUAUUUUAAGGUCUGUUGCGGAAUAUAUGGAAUAUGUGCGGACAAGUAAGAAAAGCGCCUUUUUAUUUGAUACAAAGGUUCUUGAAAAAAUAUAUCCACAUCUAAAGUGCAAUAUUGGCUCCUUUGUAAAUCAAUGUCGGUUGUAUUCGUUAAAAAUCCUCAUGCUUUUCAAUCAAUUUCCACUUAACAGUGGAGAAACUUCUAAAAAUGAAGAAGAGCCCUGCGAAAUAUUCGCAAUGGCUUAUAAAGUUGAAGAAAUUGAAACAUCUAUUGCGACAUAUCGUAACAAAACUAUGAUGCUCCGAAAAAUAAAUUCAUUGAUAUCUACUAAGCGAGUACCAGAAUUUUAUUCAGAAGUCACGCCAUUGUUCUGCUUUGGUUUGGAAACGUUCCAUUGUAUAUUUAUCAUGAUUGCUAUCUGGACAGAAGCAAUCAAUGUGCUCGUAAAUGUUGCACAGAAUGAUCCUCGUACUUUCUGGAGGUUGUUGCAUGCUGAAAUGUUGCUAUCUUUUGAAUGUCCUAAUUUAUCUAAAUUCAACAAAGCAGUGAACGAUGCAUAUAAAUUCAUAACUAGCAAUUUUGUCAACAGCUAUAUUACUCAUUUUAUUUCGAUUUGUGCACCGGAAAAUGUAAACUUUGACCGUUGGAAUUACUAUAGCCUCUUGAUUAGGACGUUGGCUGAAGUUCCUCACAUUGCUGAGCAAAAUUCUCGGCAGUUAGUUCCUUUUUUUCUUCAAUAUGCAGAAACUAAAUAUAACAUAGCUGCCGAAGACUCUGUUGAUGACGUAAUGAUUGAUAAAGAAAGUCAAGAAACUGGAGUGACAACACUUUCUGCACAAGAUAGUGAUACAAUGGAAACUGAACAUGAAAAGAAAGAUGAUUUAGUCAUGAUGGCUGAACAGUCUUCAAAAGAAAUCAAAUCUAAAAUGUUACUUUAUUUAAAGUUAUUUUCGAAAUUCAAGAAUCCACAUUCGGUUUACAAGUCUACAGAAUUACAAAAUAUUUAUUGGCGAUUAUUAAUGAAAGGAGACAUCAAAAUACAGGGUCUUGCAUUAGAAUGUUUGUUUACAUGGAAGUUCAAAGGCGUCACUCCUUAUGAAAAUAAUCUUCGUAACCUUGUUGAUGAAGCAAAGUUUAGAGAUGAAUUAUCAACAUUCUCACUUAACGUAGAAAAUGGCUCAAUAGAAUUUGAACACAGAGCUGAAGUAAUGCCUAUUAUAAUACGUAUUUUAUAUGGUCGAGUGAUUGCAAGAAGGGGUAAAGCUUCAUCAAAGACUGGAAUGGGCGCCAGAAGAAUAGCUGUUUUGUCUGCAUUGGUCAACUGUAGUCAAUCCGAGCUAGAACUUCUCGUUAACUUACUUUUAGAACCUUUUACAAUCAUUCGUCAACAGCCAGACAUUAUUGAUAAUGAAUUCAAAUUUGUACCGAAUAUAUUUGUUGAUAAAAUUGUUCCUUAUCGAAAACAACUUGGAUACCUGAAUUUUUUAGAAGAUUGUUUGAAACAAUUAGGGACUUAUUUAUUUCCCUUUAUCUCGGAUAUGUUCAAAGUCGUUUUGUAUAUGGUUAACAGUGCACAAAAGAAUUUA